AAGGAAGAAAGGAAGGAAGGUAGGAAGGAAGGAAGGAAGGUAGGAAGGAAGGAAGGAUGGAAGGAUGGAAGGAAGGAAGGACGGAAGGAAGGUAGGUUUGGGUUGCUAGGUAACUAAAGACAAUACUUCCUCAUCACCAACUCUUGGGACUGUGAGUCUUGCCCCGUUCAGCUGACAGGAGGACGGAGAGAAACAGGAAAUCAUCAUCCCCCUACCCAUAUAGCCUACUAUGUCGCCUGUGGACAUCCUCUCCGCAGCACAAUGUCUUGUGCUGUCUACUUAGAUGGAAACGCCACGCCAAAGUCCAUGAGCAGAGCCAAACGAUGGACUGACGAGGUGGAGAACUUAUACCGAUUCCAACAGGCAGGCUACAGAGAUGAACUGGAAUACAAACAAGUAAAGCAAGUUGACUUGAUCGACAGGUGGCCUGAGACUGGCUUUGUAAAGAAGCUUCAGCGUCGAGACAACACAUUCUAUUACUACAACAGAAAAAGAGAAUGUGAAGACAGGGAAGUCCAUAAAGUGAAGGUCUAUGCAUAUUAAGGUCAGGAAGUGUCCAGCGAUCUCUCUUUUCCAUUUCGAAUAUCUUUUUUGACAUGGUUUUUUUAAGAAGACGUCUGUAGGAAGGAAGGCAACACCAUCCCAGCUGUGGAAUGUAGACCAGUUCACUGAAUAAAGGCUGUGAGGCUGAA